AUGGGUGAGGAACACAAGCCCUUGUUGGAUGGUUCUGGUGCCGAACCAACUGUGGAGGACAGUACCGCCACUGCUAUUUUGAGACGUAAGAAGAAGGACAACACAUUGAUUGUGGACGAUGCUACCAAUGAUGACAACUCUGUGAUCGCUAUCAACUCAAACACCAUGGACAAGCUAGAGUUGUUCAGAGGUGACUCUGUGCUUGUAAAGGGUAAGAAAAGGAAAGACACCGUGCUAAUUGUGUUGAUUGAUGACGAAUUGGAGGAUGGUGCCUGUAGGAUUAACCGUGUGGUAAGAAACAACUUGCGUGUGAGAUUGGGUGACCUGGUCUCGAUCCACCCAUGCCCAGACAUCAAGUACGCUAGCAGAAUUUCUGUGUUGCCAAUUGCCGACACGAUUGAAGGUAUCACUGGUAACUUAUUCGACGUCUACUUGAAGCCAUACUUCGUUGAAGCUUAUAGACCAGUUAGAAAAGGUGACCAUUUCGUUGUCAGAGGUGGUAUGAGAGCUGUUGAAUUCAAGGUUGUUGAUGUCGAACCAGAAGAAUAUGCCGUGGUUGCACAAGAUACCAUCAUCCAUUGGGAAGGUGAGCCAAUUAACAGAGAAGAUGAGGAAAAUAACAUGAACGAAGUCGGUUAUGACGAUAUUGGUGGGUGCCGUAAGCAAAUGGCUCAAAUCAGAGAAAUGGUCGAAUUGCCUUUGAGACACCCACAAUUGUUCAAAGCCAUCGGUAUUAAACCACCAAGGGGUGUUUUGAUGUAUGGUCCACCUGGUACUGGUAAAACCUUGAUGGCUAGAGCUGUUGCCAAUGAAACUGGUGCUUUCUUCUUCUUGAUCAAUGGUCCUGAAGUCAUGUCUAAGAUGGCAGGUGAAUCAGAAUCCAAUCUAAGAAAGGCUUUUGAGGAGGCUGAAAAGAAUGCUCCAGCUAUCAUCUUCAUUGAUGAAAUCGAUUCCAUUGCUCCAAAGAGAGACAAGACUAACGGUGAAGUUGAAAGAAGAGUUGUUUCCCAAUUAUUGACUUUGAUGGAUGGUAUGAAGGCUAGAUCUAAUGUUGUUGUCAUCGCAGCCACUAACAGACCUAACUCCAUUGACCCAGCACUAAGAAGAUUUGGUAGAUUCGAUCGUGAGGUCGACAUCGGUAUUCCAGACGCUACUGGUAGACUAGAGGUUCUACGUAUCCAUACCAAGAACAUGAAACUUGCCGAUGACGUCGAUCUUGAGACUUUGGCUGCUGAAACCCAUGGUUAUGUUGGUGCCGAUAUUGCUUCUUUGUGUUCUGAAGCAGCUAUGCAACAAAUUCGUGAGAAGAUGGACUUGAUCGAUCUUGAAGAAGACGAAAUUGACGCAGAAGUGCUAGACUCUCUUGGUGUCACUAUGGAUAACUUUAGAUUUGCUCUUGGUAACUCUAACCCAUCUGCCCUACGUGAAACCGUUGUCGAGAGUGUCAACGUUACUUGGGAUGAUGUUGGUGGUCUAGAUGAGAUUAAGGAAGAAUUGAAGGAAACCGUUGAAUACCCGGUUCUUCACCCAGACCAAUACACCAAGUUUGGCUUGGCUCCAUCCAAGGGUGUUCUAUUCUAUGGUCCACCAGGUACUGGUAAGACUUUACUAGCCAAGGCUGUUGCCACUGAAGUUUCUGCAAACUUUAUUUCUGUUAAGGGUCCUGAACUUUUGAGUAUGUGGUAUGGUGAGUCUGAAUCCAACAUCCGUGAUAUUUUCGAUAAAGCUAGAGCUGCUGCUCCAACUGUUGUUUUCCUUGAUGAAUUGGAUUCGAUUGCUAAGGCUAGAGGUGGUUCUUUGGGUGACGCUGGCGGUGCCUCAGACAGAGUUGUCAAUCAAUUAUUGACAGAAAUGGAUGGUAUGAAUGCGAAGAAGAAUGUCUUCGUUAUUGGUGCCACCAAUAGACCAGACCAAAUCGAUCCUGCUAUUUUGAGACCAGGUAGAUUGGACCAACUGAUAUAUGUUCCAUUGCCAGAUGAGCCAGCAAGAUUAUCAAUUCUAAAGGCACAAUUAAGAAAGACACCUCUAGAACCAGGCUUAGAUCUAACAGCAAUUGCCAAGGCUACCCAAGGUUUCUCUGGUGCUGAUUUGUCAUACAUUGUUCAAAGAGCUGCUAAAUACGCCAUUAAGGAUUCUAUUGAAGCCCACAGAGAAAGCUUAGCUGCUGCUGAAGCUGAAGUCAAGACAGAAGGUGGAGAUGUUGACAUGACCAGUGAAGAUGUCAAGAAGGAACCAGUUGAGACUGUUGAUCCAGUUCCAUACAUUACCAGAGAGCAUUUUGCUGAAGCUAUGAAGACUGCCAAGCGUUCUGUUUCUGAUGCUGAAUUACGUCGUUACGAAGCUUACUCUCAACAAAUGAAGGCCUCCAGAGGUCAAUUCAGUAACUUCAACUUUGGUGAUUCCAACCAAGGUACUACUGAAACCGGUAAUGACGGUAACAGCGGUGCUAACUUCGGUUCAGCCGGUGAUGACGACGACGAUUUGUACAGUUAG